AAAACCUAUAAAUACGCGUCGAAAACGGUGAAAUAAACCGUCAGUUGGAGACACAGCUGACUCAAAGGAAGCUUCUUAACUGUCCUAACCAUUCAUACGUCAUUCUGAUGAAUAGUUUUGUUCUUGUUUACAAUAGAAUACCAUUUUUAUUGACGUUUUAAUAAAUGUACUGUAGUAUGUUGUGAUUGUCGGCUCGUUUUUUCCUGGCAUAAAGUCAGUAAGGCGCGUGACGCGCCAUCUUAACGAAACAAUUGCGGCUGCAAAUUAAAACCCAAAACAAUGGCGUAUACUGGAGAUUCCAAUGCAACGCUUCGUGAUGUGAAGAAAGUGCAGUUUGGCAUUCUUGGGCCAGAUGAACUUCGAAGGAUGUCGGUUGUGGAGGGUGGACUCAAAUAUUCUGAGACCAUGGAAGGAGGAAGACCGAAACUUGGCGGACUUAUGGACCCUCGACAAGGGGUAGUCGACCGAAAUAGUCGGUGUCAAACCUGCGCUGGGACCAUGUCCGAGUGUCCUGGGCACUUUGCACAUAUCGAACUGGCCAAGCCUGUAUUCCUCAUUGGUUUUCUUACAAAGACGAUCAAAGUGCUCCGAUGUGUCUGCUUCUACUGUUCCAAGCUUCUUAUUGAGCCUUCCAACCCGAAGAUGAAGGACAUUAUUCAGAGGUCAAAAGGUCACCCUGCCAAGCGACUUGCACAUGUGUACGACCUGUGUAAGAGCCGUAAGAUUUGCGAGGGCGGUGAGGAAAUGGACACGAAACUGGAAAAGGCUGAUGACGAGGGUGGUGGUGGAGAUGAACAAAAGAAAGGUCAUGGUGGUUGUGGUCGCUACCAGCCUACCAUCCGUCGUAUGGGACUUGAACUGACCUGUGAAUGGAAAAAGACAAAUGAGGAAACACAGGAGAAGAAGAUUGUGCUGACUGCAGAGCGUGUAUAUGAGGUCUUCAAGAGGAUUUCUGACGAAGAGUGCAUUGUUCUUGGUAUGGAUCCCAAGUUUGCGCGUCCUGACUGGAUGAUCUGUACUGUGAUGCCAGUGCCACCCCUGUGUGUAAGACCGGCUGUUGUCAUGUUCGGUUCUGCCAGAAAUCAGGAUGACUUGACUCACAAGCUGUCUGACAUCAUCAAAGCCAACAACCAGCUGAAGAGGGAUGAACAGAACGGUGCUGCGGCGCACAUUAUUGCUGAGGACACAAAAAUGUUCCACGUGGCCACUCUGACAGAUAACGAGCUGCCCGGACUGCCAAGGGCUGUUCAAAAGUCCGGCCGUCCCCUGAAGUCCAUCAAGCAGCGCCUGAAGGGCAAGGAAGGCAGAGUAAGAGGCAACCUGAUGGGUAAACGUGUGGACUUUUCAGCCCGUACCGUCAUCACGCCUGACCCGAAUCUUCGUAUCGAUCAGGUCGGAGUGCCCCGUACCAUAGCACAGAAUAUGACCUUUCCGGAGAUCGUCACGCCAUUUAAUAUCGACAGACUGCAUGAGCUGGUACGUAGAGGUGCCAACCAGUACCCGGGGGCCAAGUACAUUGUGAGAGACAAUGGGGAGAGAAUCGAUCUACGAUUCCACCCGAAGGCCAGUGACCUGCAUCUCCAGAUUGGAUACAAGGUUGAGCGUCACAUGCAGGACGGGGACUAUAUCGUGUUCAACAGACAGCCCACCCUUCACAAGAUGAGUAUGAUGUGUCACCAGGUGAAGGUGCUGCCCUGGUCCACAUUCAGGAUGAACCUCAGCUGCACAACCCCAUAUAACGCUGACUUUGAUGGAGACGAGAUGAACCUCCAUCUUGCCCAGUCCCUGGAGACCCGAGCUAAGAUCUCACAGCUGGCUUCCGUACCACGCAUGAUCAUCACGCCGCAGUCCAACCGGCCUGUCAUGGGUAUCGUACAGGACACCCUGACAGCUGUACGCAAGAUGACCAAGAGGGAUGUGUUUCUGGACAGGGGCCAGGUGAUGAACAUCCUAAUGUUCUUGCCAAGCUGGGACGGCCACAUGCCCCACCCUGCCAUCCUUAAACCCAAGCCCAUGUGGACGGGCAAGCAGGUCUUCUCACUGAUCAUCCCGGGCCGUGUGAACCUGAUCCGCACCCACAGCACACACCCUGAUGAGGAGGACAAGGGUCCGUACAAGUGGAUAUCACCCGGGGACACCAAGGUUCUGAUAGAGGAUGGGCAGCUGCUCUCAGGCAUCCUGUGUAAGAAGUCCCUGGGGGCGUCUACCGGUGCCAUCGCCCACGUCGUCUUCCUGGAGCUCGGCUGGGAACAAGCAGGUUUCCUAUAUGGCAACAUUCAGACUGUGGUGAACAACUGGCUGCUUAUUGAAGGUCACAGUAUCGGUAUUGGUGACACUAUUGCCGACCCCCAGACCUACAUUGAGAUUCAGGACACUAUCAAGAAAGCCAAGCUGGAUGUGAUAGAAGUCAUCGAGAAGGCUCACAAUGAUGAGCUGGAGCCCACACCUGGUAACACGCUGCGACAGACGUUCGAGAACCAGGUGAACCGUAUCCUCAACGAUUCGAGAGACAAGACCGGCAGCAAGGCCCAGAAGUCCCUGUCGGAGUUCAACAACUUCAAGGCCAUGGUGGUGGCAGGGUCCAAAGGCUCGAAGAUUAAUAUCUCCCAGGUUAUUGCCUGUGUGGGCCAGCAGAACGUAGAAGGAAAGCGUAUUCCGUUUGGCUUCCGUCACCGCACGCUCCCGCACUUCAUCAAGGACGAUUACGGGCCCGAGUCGAGAGGUUUCGUAGAGAACUCGUACCUUGCCGGUCUCACGCCUUCAGAGUUCUUCUUCCACGCCAUGGGAGGUCGUGAGGGUCUCAUUGAUACAGCCGUAAAGACGGCAGAAACUGGGUAUAUCCAGCGCCGUCUCAUCAAGGCCAUGGAGAGUGUGAUGGUCAAGUACGAUGGAACCGUCAGAAAUCAGGUUGAGCAGCUGAUCCAGCUGCGUUAUGGAGAAGAUGGGCUGGAUGCUACGAGGGUCGAGCUCCAGGCACUGCCCACACUCAAACCUUCCAACAGGGCCUUCGAAAAGAACUUCAAGUUUGACGCCACCAACGAGAGGCAGUUGAAGAAGAGUUUGACGGAGGAUGUGGUUUGCGACCUCCUCUCGGAUGCCAACUGUCUGUCUGAGAUAGAGCAAGAAUGGGAGCAGCUUGUAGAUGAUCGUAACGCGAUCCGUCAGAUCUUCCCGUCCGGGGACAGCAAGGUCGUGUUGCCAUGUAACCUGCAGCGGAUGAUCUGGAACGCUCACAAGAUCUUCAAGAUUAACAAGCGUAGCUUGACAGAUAUACAUCCGACCAAAAUCAUUGAUGAUGUGAGGCAGCUGUGCAAGAGACUGACUGUGGUGCCUGGAAACGAUCACCUCUCUAUCUAGUCCAAUGAGAACGCCACCAUCCUGAUGAAGGUGCUAAUCCGGUCUACGUUCUGCUCCAAGCGCGUCAUUGAGGAGUUCAGGCUGUCCAACGAGGCUUUUGUUUGGCUGAUUGGAGAGAUUGAGACUAAGUUCCAACAUGCCCAGGUCCACCCUGGUGAGAUGGUGGGAGCCCUUGCCGCCCAGUCCCUGGGAGAGCCCGCCACCCAGAUGACCUUGAACACGUUCCAUUACGCCGGUGUGUCUGCCAAGAACGUCACCCUGGGUGUGCCCAGGCUUAAGGAGAUCUUUAACAUCUCCAAGAAGCCCAAGACCCCCUCACUGACAGUGUUCCUCACUGGUCAGGCAUCCAGGGACGCUGAAAAGGCCAAGGACGUGCUGUGCCGUCUAGAGCACACGACCCUUCGCAAGGUUACGGCUAACACCGCCAUCUACUACGACCCAGACCCCACCAACACAGUGAUUGCUGAGGACCAGGAGUGGGUGAACGUGUACUAUGAAAUGCCAGAUUUUGAUGUGACCAAGAUCUCCGCCUGGUUGCUUCGUAUAGAGCUGGACAGGAAGAGGAUGACAGAUAAGAAGCUGACCAUGGAGUCGAUAUCGGAGAAAAUCACUGCUGGUUUCGGUGAUGACCUGAACUGCAUUUUCAAUGAUGACAAUGCAGAGAAGCUUGUAUUACGACUGAGAAUCAUGAAUUCUGAGGACAGCAAGAUGCAAGAGACACUAGGUAUUGAAGCUGUCCGAAAAUCGAUAGAGAAGGAAAUGAACCAUGUGAUCUCCUUUGACGGCUCCUAUGUGAACUACCGCCACCUGGCUUUGCUGUGUGACGUUAUGACUGCAAAAGGUCAUUUAAUGGCCAUCACACAUCAUGGUAUCAACAGGCAGGAGACUGGCGCACUGGCUCGAUGUUCCUUUGAAGAGACUGUUGAUAUUCAGAUGGAAGCUGCAGCCCACGCUGAGUCUGACCCAAUGAAGGGCGUGUCUGAGGCGAUCAUGCUGGGACAGCUGGCGCGUAUCGGCACAGGUUGCUUUGACCUGCUCCUGGACGCAGAGAAGUGCAAAUAUGGCAUGGAAAUACCCAACACCAUGGGGCCUGGCAUGAUGGGAGGUCUAGGCAUGAUAAUGGGUGUGGCCGGCAGCCCUGCUCCGGGAAUGUCCCCGCAGAUGACCCCCUGGAACCAGGGCGCUACUCCCGGGUACGCAAGUGCCUGGUCCCCAGGGGUGGGAAGCGGUAUGACCCCAGGGGCAGCUGGAUUUUCACCGUCUCAAAGCGAGAGCGGUUACAGUCCUGGCUACAGUCCUGCCUGGUCACCACAGCCUGGCUCACCCAGCUCGCCCUCCAGCCCGUAUAUUCCGAGCCCGAGAGGUCCAAUGUCGCCCAGCUACAGCCCCACCUCCCCUUCAUAUAUUCCCAGCUCGCCUGCAAUGUCUGGAGGCACUCCACAGAGUCCUGGGUACUCUCCCACCAGCCCCAGUUACAGUCCAACAAGCCCUGGGUAUUCACCGACAUCGCCUAACUACAGUCCGACAUCACCAUCGUAUUCACCUACAAGUCCAUCAUACAGUCCUACGAGUCCAUCAUACAGCCCGACCAGUCCGUCAUAUUCCCCAACCAGCCCAAGCUACAGUCCAACAAGUCCUAGCUACUCUCCAACGUCGCCCAGUUACAGCCCUACUUCACCGAGCUACAGUCCGACAAGCCCCAGCUAUUCCCCAACCAGCCCUAGUUAUUCUCCCACGUCACCGAGUUACAGUCCAACCUCACCCUCCUACUCCCCCACAUCCCCUAGCUACUCCCCCACGUCCCCGAGCUACAGCCCUACAAGCCCCUCUUACUCCCCCACCUCCCCUAGCUAUUCCCCUACGUCUCCCAGUUACUCCCCUACGAGCCCCAAUUACAGCCCCAGCUCGCCCAGCUACAGCCCCUCCAGCCAUAGCUACUCCCCUUCGUCACCUGCUUACUCCCCCUCCAGUCCGAACUACAGCCCCUCUUCACCCUCAUACUUCUCCUCACCGAAAUACAGCCCACAAUCCCCCUCCUACUCGCCAACAAGCCCCUCAUAUUCACCCUCCAGUCCCAAAUAUUCACCCACAUCGCCGAGCUACUCCCCUGGAAACUUCAGCUACUCGCCAAGCUCCCCUCAAUAUUCCCCCUCAUCCCCGGCAUAUUCACCCUCCUCCCCUGCAUACAGCCCAGGCAUGGCCAGUGACCGAGGCUCACACAAGUACUCGCCAAGCUCCCCACAGUACAGUCCGACAUCCCCAACAUAUUCUCCCUCAAGCCCACAGUACUCGCCUGCCAGUCCAAGCUAUUCUCCAUCAAGUCCGCAAUAUUCGCCCGCUAGUCCGUCAUACAGCCCAUCAAGUCCACAAUACAGUCCUUCGUCCCCUGCUUACACUCCAACAACUCCGAAGUAUUCCCCUACUAGCCCGACAUACAGUGCUGCAGAUGAUAGUGAUUCAGAUUAGGCUUAUGUGGGGAGCUGAAUUGUGUUGUAACUCUUACAGUGUUGACUUGUACCAUAACAAAAAAAGGCAGAUAUCAUGUCAUUAUUUCUUAUUCAGUCAGUUUUAUGAGGAACAUUGAUCGUGUGUUUGUAUUAAACCUUUUGUGAUAUUGACUUUCGCCAUUCACAUUCAGUUUUGGAGGUUAUUGUUGUUUUUGUCAUAGGCUUAGAUGUUAUAUUUUGUAAAGAAACAAGCCAUGUUUGUUUGGCAUAUACAUGGACUUGAAUGCUACAAUUCAGACAUAUGUCUUGAAUUAACAAUGGCAAAAAUCAUUCAUGUACCUUGCAUAUGACUUUGCCCAUUUAAGUCAGUACUGGCAAA